AUGCUGCUGCCAGGUCGUAUUGCAACCACAUCCACAAGCACAAGGGUUCGCGCAGAGUUCACAGAUUCCAUUGCCAGUUCCAGUACAAGCAUGCCUUCCCAAGCCCAACCGCUUGAGCUUAUUGCUCUCAGCACAAACAGCUCUGCAGCGUUGCCCACUGAGCCUCCGGCCAUCCGAUCGUUGGUGCAGAACCACAUAUACAAACUUGAGUCGGCCGAAGGCGACACUUCCUGUGCCGCGUACCGCAUGGACCAGGAGCUCAAACGCUCUGGUUUUGAUCCUGUCCGAUAUCCCUGGUCCAUGGUUAGACAAGGUACAGCUGUAGACCGUCCCGAGGUCCUGUAUGGAACGGCUUAUGCACAAAAGGUGCUUUGGGAGCAUCAGCAUCCUGCCAAUUGCAGCAACGCGAGCUUUUUGAUGUACUCUGCCCACACAGCGGGCAUGGGUUCGCAGCUACACUGGAUGGGGCAAGCCCUGGCCUUGGCGAUGAAUCUUGGUCGAGUCCUUGUCCUCUCCCCGGAGGACAAGAACGUGAAGCUUUACGAUUCCACUUUUUGCCCCGACGCCUCGGGCUACGAGUGCUGGCUGCAAAACAUCACGUCCUGCCAUGUUGGAGACCAAGAUGUGUUGCAACUCCACGGACAUCCAAAGAUGGAACGCGAGCCCGCAGAGAACUUUGGGCUUCAAAGUGUGCCAGUACUUUUCCAUGAGAUGUUGGCCAACUGCUCCCCUAUCAAAUCGAAGUCCUGGUUUUACUGGUGGCGCUCGCAGUCUGUCACGUAUUUAGUCCGUUUUAAUGACAAGACUCGGGAGGCAUUGGACCGCUUUAGGUCUGAGUCUCUCUACACUUGUCAUGCACAAAAGCCUUCACCUGCUCAUGUCUUGUCGCCUGGAUACAUCUCUGCGCACAUACGUCAAGGUGAAAAGAGCAGUGAAGCACAGCUGUUUCCCUUCAUUGCAUACCUGAAGCAAAUGAGGGCCUUGGUGGACAACAGCUCAGACUUGCGAGUGCUCUUCAAGGAAGUCGCCGAGAGCGACACCAACUUUUCAUAUCCUUCCGGCGCAUACUCGGAGCGGAAGAUGUUCCUGUCCACAGAAGACCAGCUCACUGUCCUGAGGGCAUUGAGUCUUUGCAGCGCUCAUCCGCCUUGGCAAGUCAGCUGGACCAAGGUAAACCGAGGAAAACUCCUCAGCCGCUUGGAUCCCUGGAUGCACCUGACAAGCGAGCAAGCCGCAAGGGAGCAAGCUCUCAUCGCCUUCAUGAACUUAGAGCUUGCUUUGGAGGCUGAUGCCUGGGUCUGCGCUUUGACCUCAAACUGGUGUCGCCUCAUUGAUGAACUUCGCAUGACGGUCGGAAUGAAGGCAUCAAAGCCAUACCUGAGCCUGUCAACGCAUGGAAAGACGAAGCAGCCAUGCCCGCCGGAGGAGCCGCAGUGUUACCUGUGCUACUGA